AUGCUGUUCGCCCCUGGCGGACCGCAGAGUCCCCGUCGCCGCAACCGCAUCAAAGCGAUCCUUUUUACCAUCGCGAUCGUUCUCACCAUAUACUUUCUCUUCUUCGCCGGCGACGAGUCGGCACCCAGAACCACAUACGGUGAUAAGACCACUCCAUAUGCGCAUCGCCCGGAGUCGAUCACCACCCCCGAGGCAGCGGACGAGUCGGCUCGUCCCGUGGUUCGGCGGCACAAGGACAUGGUCGUUGCCAGCAUGAAGAGCGACGAUACCUCAUGGCUGGCUGAAUACUUCUCGGAUUGGUCGAAGAGUAUCUACGUGGUGGACGACCACCGUGCCCCGUUGACAGUGAUGCGCAACAAGGGACGCGAGUCGAUGGUGUAUUUGACCUAUAUUAUCGAUAAUUAUGACAGCCUGCCCGAUAUAAUGCUCUUCAUCCACUCCCAACGCUACCAAUGGCACAACGACGACCCCUACUACGACGGCGUCCCCAUGUUGCGCAACUUCCAAACCGCCUACCUCGAAGCAGAGGGAUACGUGAACUUGCGGUGCGUCUGGACCCUCGGUUGUCCCGUGGAGAUUCACCCGCUCAGCGACAUCCACCGCGAAGACGUCCAUGCGGGCGAAUACUUCAAGAAUGCCUUCGUGGAGCUGUUCCCUGGCACCCCAGUCCCCGAAGAGGUUGGCGUCUCAUGCUGCGCACAAUUUGGCGUGACCCGCGACACGGUGCUCCAGCGGCCGAAGAGUGAUUACGAGUUCUACCGCAAGUGGCUUGCCGAGACGGACUUGAAGGACGAGAUGAGCGGGCGGAUCAUGGAGUAUUCGUGGCACAUGAUUUUUGGAAAAGAGCCCGUGCAUUGCCCGAAUGCACAGGAAUGCUACUGUAAUGUCUUUGGGCUGUGCAAUCUGACUUGUCCUCAUGAGGAUGCGUGCGAUAAUCGCUAUGUGCUACCGCCCUAUUCGCUGCUGCCCAAGGGCUGGCCCUAUCUUGGUUGGAAUGGCCAGACACAAGAUCCGAGUUAUGGACUGCCCGAGUCAUGA